GUUGUUUUGGUUUCCCUCCCUGCAGAUGAACACGAAGAGAAGAGAAGAAGAGACUGAUGUGUAACUUGGAUUUAAGUCUACUUGUCCUGUAGCGAAAGGGGAAGUAUGCAAAACGCACUUUGUGAUCAGAAGUAUUAAAAUCAUUAUUUGGGUUCAUCUGUCUCAACUGACACAUCUUGAGCAUAUCAGGCAGGGGACCAAAACCAUUCCUUCCACAGUGAUGGCAUACAGACGUGGUUCAAGAUCAAUCAGAGAGGCAUAUGAAGAGUGCUUCCCGGAUUCAAGGGAGGUGACAGGCCAUCGAGUUGUUAAUAUUGUUGAGAAGAGGAGUCGUAUGCCUCGGCCACUUUUGGAAUAUGACAGAGCUUAUGAUGACCAGUGGUACGGUGAUCCUCGACAUUACCAGGAAGCAGGAGAAUCUCACGGAGAAGACAGUUACCGGGCCUAUGAUCGCCGAUACUAUGACGAUAACUUUGGCAAUUUCCGCAGAAAUAACUCACCGCCACGACAUGACGGCCCGUACUCCCAACAGUCUUAUGGACGAGAUGAUUUGAGGCAUCAGUUGGUCUCAAGGAACAACGGAAGAGGUGGUCCAUAUUACCGCAGCAGAGGUCGAGGGUCAGGCCCUCCUAUAAGAGAAGACCGUGACGACUACAGGAGGUCUCCGCCAAUAGUCAUCAAGCGGGAUCGCUCUCCUGCGAGGAGGGAGGCCCAACCAUCCGUACCUGUCCGCUCGGCAUCAAACAGCAGCAACAGGACCUUCUCCCCAGACAGGGAGAAAGGCCACAACUACCAGCAGGCUCAGCAAAAGUAUAAGCCCAGUGUGCAGACGAGCCACACUCCCAGCAGCUCUGUGGAGGAGGCUCCUCAAAGCUCUGCAUCUUCAAAGGAAAAAACUCCUGCAUCCGUAGCGGAGACGGAGGAGGAGGUGGCGGCUGCCAGCAUGGAGCCAAAGCUGACACCAGAGGACGACUUCAAGGCUCGCCGGUCGGAGGCCAUUAAGGCAAAGGCUCUGGAAAUUGAGAAGCAUUACAGGCAGGACUGUGAGACAUUUCGCACAGUGGUGAAGAUGCUGGUGGCCAAGGAACCUAGUUUGGAUAAUCUGCUGCAGGCUCCACUGGACAAGAACCUGCUGGAGUUAAAGGACCGCUGCCUGGAUUCACUUAGGCACUUUGUAAAGGAGCUAGAUGAGGUAUUAAAGCAGCCGGACAUUUCAGAGUAAGAUGCAGAUCACAAAGCACUGAAAUGCGCUUAUUGAUCAUUUUUAUUUUAACUCUAUUCUUUAAUAAAAUAAUAGGAACAGUGAUCUAUUGUAUUAUUCACACAAAUUAUCAUCAAAUGACAGGAUAUCCAGUGGUAGUAUUUUUUUUACUUGCUGAAACAUAAACAGGAUUUUAAGACUGUGCUAUAUUAAAUCGUUAAAUUAAAUGGUUGCACAGUUACAGUGAAAUACUAAUAGUAUUAUGAGUAAAACCAAAGGACAUUGUGAAGUGAAAUACACAAGAUACAGUUUCAAGGAAAGCCUGCUGCAGCAACAUUUUUACCAUGAACCACGUAGUCAAAAAUGAUUUUGCUCAGUCAAUCACACAGGAGUUGGAUAUUGGAUAUAAUUAAAUAUUUGCUUUGUAUUGCUUGUUUUUUUGUUGAGUCAUACUUAUGAGAAUACCAGCAGAGAGAAUGACAGGAUCAGAUUAUGAAACUUUUAUAUCACAGCCAUUUAAUGAGUCUAUAUUGAUGUAAAGUGUAUUAUGCUUCUAGCAUCUGUAUUUUUGGCAGAUGAGACAGGAAACGCAACUCAUGCUAACUGCCACACAAGUGUUCUCAAACCAGUAUCAAAGGGUCCAACUUUAUGUGAUGUUUUUCAGUGCAGUGCGAUUUUACAUAGAAAAGAAUGACUUUCUAUGUGUAGAUUGUGCAUUUUUGCCUUAUUUUGAGUUGUAAUGAAACAGCUUGUGAAUAUUAUCUUUCAGAUUUUUAGUAUAACUUUUGUAAAUAAAGCUAAGGCCUUGAAUCAU